AUGGAAAACCAAACCAUGGACUUAGCCGACUGGUCGCUGACAACAGAAUUCGACUAUGGUGACUCAACACCAUGCCCGGGAACCGAGGAAAAGCACUUUGCAGCAAAACUUUUGCCACCGCUUUAUUCUUUGGUGGUGAUUUUUGGUUUCACAGGCAACAUGCUCGUUGUCCUUAUCCUGGUAAAAUACAAGAGACUGAAGAGUAUGACUGACAUCUACCUGCUCAAUUUGGCAAUUUCUGAUUUGCUGUUUAUAUUUUCUCUCCCUUUCUGGGCUUAUUAUGCUGUUCAUGACUGGAUUUUUGGGGAGGCGCUUUGUAGAAUUCUCUCAGGUUUUUACCUCCUUGGCUUCUACAGCGGCAUCUUUUUCAUAAUCCUGUUGACCCUAGACCGAUAUCUGGCCAUAGUGCAUGCAGUGUUUGCUUUAAAAGCUAGAACAGUUACUUACGGCAUCCUCACCAGCGUUGUCACUUGGGCUGUUGCUAUUUUUGCUUCUGUUCCUGGCAUAGUAUUUCACAAAACUCAAAAGGAAAAUUCACGUUAUACUUGCAGUGCUCAUUAUCCAUCAGAGCAGAGAAAUGUAUGGAAGCAAUUCCUGACCUUAAAAAUGAACAUCCUGGGACUUAUUAUUCCAAUGUUAAUUAUGAUCUGCAGCUACACACAAAUUAUAAAGACAUUACUGCAAUGUAGGAAUGAGAAGAAACAUAAAGCAGUCAGGCUUAUUUUUAUCAUAAUGAUUGUCUACUUUUUGUUCUGGGCACCAUACAACAUUUGUAUUCUUUUGCGUGAUUUUCAAGGUCUGUUUUCUGUUACUACUUGUGAAGGCAGUGGUCAGCUGCACAAAGCAACCCAAGUGACAGAAACAAUCUCAAUGAUCCACUGUUGUAUCAACCCUGUAAUUUAUGCCUUCGCUGGAGAAAAAUUUAGGAAGUAUCUUCAUAGCUUUUUCCGAAAGCAGAUUGCAUUCCACUUCUCUAAAUACUGUCCCGUUUUCUAUGUUGACACAGCUGAACGGGCUAGCUCCACCUACACACAAUCUACUGGAGAACAAGAAGUUUCUGCUGCAUUGUAA